GUUAGCGCUGUACGUAUAUGAGUACCUGCUGCAUGUAGGAGCACAGAAGUCUGCACAGACCUUCUUGUCAGAGAUACGAUGGGAAAAGAAUAUUACGUUAGGGGAGCCUCCUGGAUUCCUGCACUCGUGGUGGUGUGUAUUCUGGGAUUUGUAUUGCGCKGCGCCGGACAGACGGGAGAACUGCGAACACUCCAGCGAGGCCAAGGCCUUCCAUGAUUACAGUGCGGCAGCAGCCCCCAGUCCUGUGAUGGGGAACAUGCCUCCUAAUGAUGGCAUGCCAGGAGGACCCAUGCCGCGACAUCCUAAUAUGGGCGGGCCAAUGAGAAUGAACGCUCCACGAGGAAUGGGGCCCAUGGGUCCACAGAACUACGGGGGUAUGAGACCUCCUAACUCCAUGGGUGGUCCUAUGCCUGGGAUGAACAUGGGACCUGGUGGUAGAGGRCCGUGGCCUGGUCCCAAUGCUAACUCAAUACAAUACUCCUCCUCAUCUCCAGGCCACUAUGUGGGUCCUCCAGGAGGAGGGGGGCCGCCCGGAACUCCCAUCAUGCCCAGCCCAGGUGACUCCAACAACUCCAGUGAAAACAUCUACACUAUGAUGAACCCUAUAGGACCAGGAGGAAACAGACCCAACUUCCCUAUGGGCCCGGGGCCUGAUGGRCCGAUGGGAGCUAUGGGAGCCAUGGAACCUCACCACAUGAACGGCUCACUAGGCUCUGGGGACAUGGACGGGUUGCCAAAGAACUCUCCUAACAACAUGGGRGGUAUGAGCAACCCCCCCGGGACGCCGCGGGACGAUGGAGAGAUGGGUGGAAACUUCCUCAACCCAUUCCAAAGUGAAAGUGCUUCUAGGACAGCCCUGGGGCAUGCUGGGCCUCUAGUGAAGGCGGAGCUUCCCGACGCUGUCUGUGGCAUAGACAGGAAACAGAGACACAGGAAGUCCCUACUCUCUAACCCCGCCCCCUGCCUCUCUGACUUCUUGUCAGGCUCUGGACAAUGAGAGCGGGGAUGAGAGGAAGAAGGAUGGAGAGACUGGAUAACAUGGACACCCUUCAGGACACAGCAUGGUAGGGUUCUGUCAGUAACUGUCUGGAAGCUCGACAAACAUUACAUUGGCAUUCACUUUUAUUUUGAUGUUUUUAUUGUUUCUAGUGGAUUUGAUUGUGUUUCUAAUGGAUACAGGGGUGGAACAGGGAAUGAAUCUCGAAUGAUCCCCUUUUCCCUAUGUAGUGCACUACUUUAGAGGAAUAGGGUGUCAUUUGAGACGUAGACAUGGAAGUGUCGUCUAGCCCCCAUCCCCCUCGUUCACUCUGUGUAUACAUUUAAAAAACAAGUGUUGUGAUGUUUUCCAUUUACUCUGUAUGUAAUGUACUAUUGCUAUUCUUUUAUAAUAUUUUAUUGUUAUGAUUUAAUAAUAUUAUGAUGAUUCUGGUUAUUUUAAAAUGUAGGAUUUGAUUUCUGGAGUUUGUUGUUGUUGAAAGGGCAUGCACCCACUAAUGACCUCUUCGUUAGUAACUUCACAGGACGGUGAACCUUCACUAGUCUCCUUAAGGAAAACCCACAGGAUAUACACAAUCUACUGCCCCCUCUUUGCCUAGUCAGAGAACAGCACCUUGGUGCAUCAUGGUACUUUAAAUAGUAAUGUCCCUCUCCAUCCCCCUGAGAAGGCGUUUUCUCUGUAGUAGACUAAGUGACCCUGAACAUGCAGAGGAGGCACAGUUGUAUUUAUUUGUUUAAUUUUCCUUUGAGACAGAACAGGUUGACAGUAAGUCUGUCUGCACACUCCGGAAUCACUCUGCACCAAUCAGCAUCCAUCUCCUAGAGGAAGACAUCUUGGAAGUGUCUGGUUUUUGUUUUAAUUGUAUUUUUUACCCAGAGGGCAGUUCUUCUGUGAAAUUAUUCUGCUUGGAUGCUUAAAGGACUCUUGUAACAGAGCUGAGCCAAUCAGUAGGCGGUGUGGCAGUUGCCAUGGUAACCGGCUGUCAAGCUCCCCCCAAAAGGACAACAUUUGUCCUUACACACACAACCAACCAAUCGGCCUACCUACGCCAUCCCCCUCCCCAACCACCUCUCUCUCCUUUUGUGACGUCUCCCAUCUGUCUUUUGGUUUGUUUUGUAAAUACUGUAAAGUGAAUUUUGAUAUCAUGACAUUUUGAUAUUUCCCUCACAACCAAUUUACUGAUGAGAAAUGAGUUGAUUCAGACCAACUGGGUUUGAAAGAGACGGUGUGUGUUUUUUUGUUUUGUUGUUACAGUACCUCACUGUUCAACGCAGACACAACUAGGGCCAGGAGGAACACUCUUUAUUGGAUCAUUAUGUAGUUAGGAACUACAACUAACGUUAGAGUCCAGAGUAUUUCCUGGCCAGGUCAAGCUGUUAGGGAAAUCUCCUGUCCCUAGUAACGAUAGAUGAAAAGAAAAUGAUUGUUUUCUAUUAAGGAUUUUUCUGUAUUUGAAUUGAGGAAAGAUGUUAACACAGUUUCUUAAUGAUAUGAAGAGAGAGAGUUAAGGGGGGAAAGGCUUCUGGUGUAUUUUGAGAUACUGCUGUAUAGAUUCAACUCUGAACCAUAUUCACUAAGGGCAAAUCUGAAAUGCACACAAUUCCCUAUAUAGUGCACUACUGAAGCCAAAAGUAGUGCACUACAUAGGGAAUUGGGUGCCAUUUGGAACGUGCACUAGUUUGCACCAGUGCGAAGUGUUUAUUGUUGGAAGAGGAUAAUUAUUGGAAAACGAACCGUGAAACUGUUUGUUUUUAAAAUGUGAGAUAUAUUUACUUACCAUAACUAGGGCUAGGAGUGUUUUAUAUGCCCUUGUCAGUGGAGGCUGCUGAGGGGAGGAUGGCUCAUAAUAAUGUCUGGAAUGGAGUGCGGAACCAUGUUUGAUGUAUGUAACAUUUCACUGAUUCGGACUCCAGCCAUUAGCACAAGCCCGUCGUCCCCAAUUAAGGUGCACCGACCUCCUGUGGCCCUUGUCAUGACCUUCAUUUGACCUUUCCACUCUGCCCAUACGGAAGAGGACUCCUCUUUAUAUCUAUGACCGCAUGGGCAGCGCCAUUGAGGUUACAACCCAUAGGAACCCCCAUCCGGUUGACUGCUUUGACUACUUUAGUAUGGUGGAAGUCGUCAAUGGCGCUGUCCAUGCUAAAACGGCAUUUUGGCCACUAUAGGCCUCUAUCAUUCUCUAUGGCUCUACCUUUUUCAAGUUGUGUUUCCUGACUGUGACCUGUUCAGGGAAACCUCCUGGCCCUAGUUCUUCCAUUCUGAUUGCGAGGUGUCAAACUCUGCACCGGUGCAAACUCCUCUCCUGUAUGUAAAAUCAACGUUGUCACAUUGUUGGGCAUUUCUGUGUUUCUAUGGUGACGUAUAAUACUGCUUCAUUCUGGGAGGGUUGAAAGGAGGGGACAGCGGGUAAGGAAACAUGUUACUGUUCCUUGGGUUUAUCCAUCUCGCUAGUCUAAAGUAGCGUCCUCCUCUCCCUUCACCUGCACUGACGUGGAAGCUGGAUCUGUGCAGAUGAAGGAGAUGACGUGAGGAGAGGAAGYCACUUUAGAUUUGAGAUGCAGACCAUGUUUUUCUCUGACGACAAAGCAGUAUUGAAUACGAGGCAGUUUGUUUUUCAGAACAUUUAGUCCAUUUUACAAUGAUCCUGUGUUUUAAAUUCUGUUAACCCCUUUUUUAGGUUGGGUGACACUWUGAUUUGAAGAUCCAACUGAAAGAGAACGCUGACCUAUCUCUUGCAGUGCUGUCUAUAUAAAUGAUCCCAUGACAUUUGGUUGGAAUAUUGCCAUAUUCAGGUUCUUUUCAAAAGCAGCGGCAACAUAAUCUAAGGGGGCAACACGGUAUCAUGGCAAUCUGGAUUAAACAUUGUGAAGAACUGCUUCCUGGGUUUGCUUUGUAUUUCCUGAUAGGCUAGUUUCCACUCCUAAAUGUCUUGUGUAGUAAUAAAAUGUUUCCUAUUUGUAUGUUUUCUUUGUUGUAAUAAAGUUUCUUGAGAGACUGAUAAAGUUGCUUAUUGGGGGGAGAGAAAAAAAAGGUGGGAGAUCUUGCAUCAACAAUAAAUGUCAUUUGUUUUGGGUUUUUCA